AUGUUGGUCUCACACUAUUCCCAUCGACGGCUGCUGCUUCUCACCAGCGGCGCAUUCGUCCUGCUGUUCAUAUAUUACUUUGGCACCGUAUACCGACACCAGCUGGGCGUUGUACCCAAACAUGGCGAUUCCGUGCAUGACGAGCACGAAGAGCCUGAAGAGAAAUGUAUGGGCAAUGAUCCAAUAAAGAUGCUGUUGGACAAGGCAGACAAUGCAUGGCGCAAGUACGACACUGCUCGGUCAAUGAGCUUCAGUGAUGCUGUUAUCGAGUAUAGAUUGCGGUAUGGUCGCCAUCCGCCGCCUGGAUUCAAGGAGUGGUAUAUAUUUGCCCGGGAUAACGAUGUCCGAAACGUCGACGACUUCGAUCAGAUAAACGACGACCUCCGGCCGUUCUGGUCAGCGGAGCCAAAGACCAUCCGGCGGAGGGUAGCCGCAGCCUGCCAGGACCCCAAUGGAAACUCGAUUGCAGCACUUCAUAUAAGGAACGGGGCUAUUGCGAACAUUACUGGUGAUGGGUGGCGGAUAGAUACGAUGAAGUCACUGGUGGCACGGUUUGCAGAGAAGCUACCUGAUAUGGACAUUGCCAUGAAUACAAUGGACCAGCCUCGACUGGUAACCAAGUGGGAAGAUAUGCAGGCUAUGCUGAGUAAGGAGAUAGCAUCCCGCGCUACUCCUCCCAUUGCGACCUAUUCAUUUACAAAGAAUAUGGAAGGAUUCGUGUCAAUGACGGGUAACAACAAUGUGACAGAGGAGGAUAAAGUCAAAUGGGCUGGAAUACCUUCCAAGCAGUACAUGGAGGUUGCGGCUACUGCCUGUCCUCCGGAAUCUCCAGCUCGGAAUCCGAUCCUGAGCAUUCAAGAGGCGGAUGCUCGUUACAAAACACCCGGUGCCGGCCUUGUGUCUAAUUUUAACAUGUCCAGUGAUCUAUGCGUUGUUGGGCCAGCCAUAAAGGAUCUCCAUGGAUUUCUAUUUUCGUCAUCAAGUAUCAGCCACUCAGAUGCUCUUAUACCGAUAUUCAGUGAAUGUAAGGUGAACGUCAACAAUGAUAUCCUCUUCCCGGCAAACAUGUACUGGAAGAAUGAUGAACGAUAUACCUACAAUGGCGUUGAAGAUAUCGACUGGAACAAGAAAAACGAGACCCUCUUUUGGAGAGGAGCUACGUCUGGCGGCAUUCAAACUGCAGAUAACUGGUCUCGGAUGCAUCGCCAACGGCUGGAGUUCAAGAUGAAUGGGACAAAACUCAUAGGCAAGACAGAGCGAGUCCUGCCAUGCAACGACCAAUCCUUGAGCUCAACUGAUCCCGCAUCGUCGAGCUUCCAACCAACUAAUUUCGCCAACAAGUAUUUCGAUUUCGGUUUCACGGACCCCAUGGCUUGUAUGCCAGCCAACUGCGAAUUCUACAAUGACACCUACACGUAUAAGGAGAAGAGCCCUCUCUCGCAUCAGUUCGUAAACAAAUACCUGGUCGACAUAGACGGACACAGCUUUUCUGGCCGAUGGCGUGCAUUCCUUCUUAGCAAGUCUCUGGGUAUAAAAGCCACCAUAUUCCGCGAAUGGCAUGAUUCGCGUCUCUUUGCAUGGAGACAUUUCGUGCCCCUAGACAACCGAUACGAUGACUUCUAUGCCCUUAUGACCUAUUUCAUCGGGACAGGGGCAAAUAAUAAUACCUCUCCCAGCAAUCCCCAUGUUGCCCGUCAUGAUAAAACUGCGCGAAUGCUGGCCAGACAGGGCCGUGAAUGGGCUGAGAAGGUUCUUCGCAAUGAAGAUAUCGAAGCCUACAUGUACCGACUUCUCCUUGAGUAUGGCCGAGUCAUCGAUGACAAUCGAGACUCCAUUGGCUACCAUGGUGAUGGUAGCGAACUAGCAGAAUUUGAUGAGCAUUUGACGCGGUGA